UUAUAUUAGUGAACCUGAUACGAUACUACACAUUUUGCCCUAAAAUGAAACCCUAAACUCUAAAUCCUUUCACAAAAAGCUUCUCAAUUCAAUCUCUGAUCGAAGUUUUUCUCCAAAAUCUGUUGCUCCCGUCUCCUUCAGAUUGCAGCAACAAUGGAUAGUGACUUGCCUGAUUCUAUUUUAUGGUUUAUCUUUAACAAAUUACCUUUGAAGGAUCAUGUUAAAACUUCCAUAUUGUCCAAACACUGGCUUAGCGAAUUGAAAUCAUCAUCAACACACCUCAGUUUUGAUCUCUAUAACACACUUCACAAUACUACACUGCCAAUAAACAUUCGACUCUUUCGAAGCCUCCAUUCUCAAUUUACCUCAAAAUUGGAUCAAUUCAUGUUAAAUUAUCAACAUGCAACGAUCAGUUCAAUUCGAGUAAAUUUUCCAUUGGGUAAUAAACAGCGCGAUGUCAUUGAUAGAUUGAUUUCUCAAGGGAUUGCUAAGGGUGUCAAACAUAUUGAACUAUUACUCUCCCAUGAAACUAAUUUCAAGAUACAGCCUUAUAUACUUUCCUUUACUCUCUUAUCGAACGCCGCCGAUUCUCUAACCUAUCUACAUCUAGAGAAAUGCUUACUAGUAGUACCUAAGGAAUUCUCGGGAUUGAAGAAUUUGCAAACUCUUGUGUUGAAAUUAAUUGUUUCGAGGCCGGAUCUGCUUGAUGACCUGUUUUCCAACUGCAUGCAUCUUGAAGACUUCACCCUAGAUAACUGUGAAUUCUAUUCUUUAGCGAGAAUAAAUAGUCGAACAUUGUCUCGUUUGAAAAUUGUUUGCCGCUCUCAACAUUUGAAGACGAUUUAUAUCAAUGCACCAAAUCUCUCAUCCUUUGAAUAUUCUUGUCAUGGUAGACACUCAAUAAACCUCAACGCUGGUAGGUUAUCCCAAUUUAUCUACAGAACUAAGACGAUGAUCGGAAUCGUUGAUAUGUCUAGCUUGAAAAAUUUAACAACAGUUGUGUUGGAUGGAUUUCAUGAACUACUCGAUCUUUCGUUCAUGCAAUAUCUGUUUGAAAAAUGUCUCAAACUUGAGGACGUCACCCUUAAAAACUGCCCAAUGCCAGAUGACAUGGAAAUUACGAGUACAAAGUUGCUUCAUCUGAAAAUAAUUGACUGUAGCUCUGGGAGCCACUCUAAGAUAUCAAUUGACGCAGAGAAUCUGUCAUCCUUUGAAUAUAGUGGUCUCGCGGGUGAAUUCUCUAUUAAGGCACCAAAGUUAUCGAAUGUUUUUUGGAAUGCAGUUGUAAGAGAGAAAAAUCCAGAUUCCUUGGGUCCAAUUCCAGAAUUACUUCAGAUUGAGAAUCUAGCUAUAAUCACAAGGCAUUCACAGAUAUCAAAAUUAAAGGUCUUGGGUAAAUUUCAAAAUCUUAGACAAUUGGAGUUAUUUGUGGAUGUGGCAGAUUAUCCAUUUAUUGAAUUCUAUUCACUUUUAGAUGUAUUAAUGGCUUCUCAACAUCUCAAAAAGUUUUCUCUAACGAUUCAACGCACUUAUUGGUUUGGAUCUCUGAAUGAAAGAAAAUGUGCAAAUUUUGUUCACAAUGAAUUGAAGUAUGUUGAGCUACAUGGUUAUGUAUCCACACCACAUGCAAUUGAGUUUGCUAGGAGCCUAUUGAGAAAUGUGAGUUCGCUUAAGAAAAUUACUUUCAGCUCUAUGGACAAACUUUAUGUAGGUGCUGAAACAUGGACUAAGGGCUCAGAUAGUUUUUGUGAGUUUAAUCGUAAUUUCAUUUAUGAGAGUCUUAAAGAUGAAGUAAAAGCACAAUGUGAGCUUAUCAUUUUGUAGACUUGUUCUUUUAGUGAGUGCACUCUUGAAACAACAUAAAUUUUGUUGUUAUUUACUUUAUAAUUAUAAUGACAUGAUUUUCAAUAGAGGCUGUGGGGAUGUUGAGGAAAUUUGUUCAAUGUUAAUGUAUUUUCUUGGAAGUGGUUGUUAAUUUCGAUGAAUGGUGCCAUAAUCCCAUAGAUUGCAUAAAUUUCUUGUAACUGUUAUUACCGUCUUGUUCUUUGGCUAUCUGUCUUAUGUAUUGGGGUUGGAGUACCCUAGUACUCCCUCUUUUAAUACAAUUGUUGAUUAUAAAAGAAAAAUAAUGAAUUUAAUAGGCCAAUGUGUUAUUUGUUAAUUCAUGCUUACAAAUAUUUCUUCUAACAUCGAUUAGAGAGACACACAUUACA